UUAUUGAAAGCAGAGACGGUUCAGAAAGUGUGACUUGUUGGUUGUUUAAAGAACAACUUUGUUAAAAGUGAAAAGUCGUGAAGUCCGCAGCUGUGACGUCACGUGUCUCGCGGAGCUACAAUACUUUCACUUUCAUUUAUCCGGAAGAAGAAAAAGCUGCGUUCAAAUUGUAGCCAUGUACAGGAAGAAGACUAAAGUCAAGAUGUCAGGCAAUAGAAUGGAGGAAUCGGAGCCCAUGGAAGACAAAGAUGAGGUUCAAGUCACACUCUCAUUUAAGCGGUCAGAAGAUGUUUCAAAGUGGAAAUAUCGUGCAGAACUGGAGAUAGUUCUUCAAACUUGGGUCAACAGCAACGACAAUUACAGUGGAGAUUGCAAAGUUUUAGAAGUCCUAGAAGAUAAUAGGGCUGUGAUACGUCUUAAACCUGCUCCAGCCCUGAGAGCGCUUCAGAAACUGAGUGGAGCACUACUGAAGGGGAAAGAAGGGAAAACAGUCACAAUAACGUCUAUUAGUUUGACGCCGCUAGAGGUUGAGACACAAAUAUCAAAGGCGUCAAUGAACCUUCCUCCAUCAUCCUUGACACAGCCACAAGAUGUGCAGCAAGUGCCACUGGGGAAGCAGAGUAGUGCAGUUUCUACAACAGGAGAGGAUAAAUGCACUCUCCCAGUGGGCCAUUUCUGGUACGUGAACCACAUCUACAAGGAGGAAAUUCAACGUAUAGAGAAAGAGAAUGAUGUUAAACUUGAGGUGGAAGUCACAACGACAUUUCAAGGAGACCAGAAAGAUGGAGGCCCACAAAAAGCUCUCUCUGAGUUCACAAACCUCGUCCAGAAGUGCUUAGGUGAUUCAGAUACCUCAACUUUGCCACUAAAGGACGUAAAUCCAGAAGAGUUUAAAGACGUGAUGAAAAUCUUCCUGAGAAAGGAGGACAAGCUUUUGCUUACUCUUUCCAAUGAAGAAAUGACCAUAUGUGGGCCAAGACCAAGACAAGAUGCCCUCAGAAAGUCCUUAAAUGCAAUAAGCAAACAAGAUGUCUUUGGUAUGAUGAAGGGAGACCAGCCACAUGGAAAAAUGCAGGAAUUAGUCUCUGACAAAGACAGAGAGAACCAGUAUUUAAAAAAAAUAACUACCCGCUUUAGUUCUCUCUUCUCAACUGUCUUUGUUUCAGUGAGUGUUGCUGCUGUUGAGCAAUUGUGUCGGUUUUCUACUCACUCUCUGGUUGCUUGCAGCGGUGGGACAAAGCUAUAUCUGUGGUGUGGCUCGUUCCAGUUGUCGGGUUCUCAAUGAGGCCUUUGCCAAACUUAUUCACUCGGAAGACGUAGUUGUUGAUGUAAGUGACAAACAAGAUGUCUUUGAUAUGAUGAAGGGAAACCAGCCCGAUGGAAAAAUGACAUGGCAUACAAAUACCGUACCCCUCCCUGGAUUCUCA